CGGUGGGGGGCAGCGUUGAGCGUUUGAGCGUUCAGCGUGCAGAAGAAGAAGAAAACCCGCGAUACCAAAGCAAGAAGCAUGUCAACUGACUUCAAAUUCAUCGCAGAAGAGUUUUACAGAUGAAAGCCGUUGUUAUUAUAUUAUUAUUACAUAUCGACGGAGCAACCGGACAAAACAAACCCGGAGCGUGAAUGUUCUGCUCGGGAGAGAAGGUUCGUUUCCCCUGAACCGAGUCCCAGAAAAUGGAAGAUGUUGCGAUGGAGUCGGACCCGGCGGAGGGUUCUGGACCCGCCGCGCAUGGAGGGGUCGCGGACGGCUGGGAGACCGUCACCGCAGCGUUGAUGUGUCCCGGCUCCCCGGUCCCGGAGCAGAGCCUCUCGGACUCCCUGGACCUGCUGCGCGGUCACGGUCUGGACCGGCUGCUGGGCGGCUGGCUGCUGGAGACGCUGCAGAUGCGCCUGUCCUCCUCGGUGGUCCCCGAGUUCUGGUCCGGACUCAAACAGCCGGAGAACGAGCUGGAGGAGAGGGGCCGGGCCUGGGUUCUCCUCACCGCCUUCCGGACCCUCUUGGACCGACUGGAACCUUUUCUGGGCGGUCUGAAGAAGCUGGGCACCUGGCAGGACGAGGGCCGCGGCAGCCUGUGCGGGCCCGGGCUCGGGGGCCUCCAGGACCGGGCCUUCACCGUCAUCAGGGCCCUCCUCCUCUUCUCCCCCUCCCCCGUCCUCCAGGAGCGAGUGCUGGAGUUCUACAGCAGGACCUUCUCCGUCUACAUGAACCAGGAGGGGCAGACGGAGGACGGGGCCGAGCCCCCGGAGGGCCCCGAGCGAGGGCUCUGCCCGGGCUGCAGGGUCCCCACGCAGCGGUGCUGGUGUACGGAGGCCCUGGAGCAGCUACGGGACCUGAGCCGCAUCCUCUCCAGACUGCAGCUGAUGGAGUGGGUCAGCUCGGAGGCCGUCACCUCCAUCCUGCACCAGCUCAUCGAGCAGCGCAUGGAGCAGCACUGCAGGGGCGAGUACGAGCGCUCCUUCCUGCUGGAGUUCCAGGAGUGGCUGGAGCUGGUGCUGGGCUGGCUGAGCAAAGUCUUUGCAAGUGAGGCGGACAGAGACGGUCUUGUAGCUGCUCCCGGCCCUCCCAGUGCUCCCAGUGCUCCCGGCCCUCCCAGUGCUCCCGGCCCUCCCAGUGCUCCCGGCCCUCCCAGUGCUCCCGGUGCUCCCGGCCCUCCCAGUGCUCCCGGCGCUCCCAGUGCUCCCGGCCCUCCCAGUGCUCCCAGUGCUCCCGGCCCUCCCAGUGCUCCCGGCAUCCAGCCCGGCGGCUCCGUGCUGAAGCAGUGGAGGUGCCACAUGCACCAGUUCUUCUGCAGGAUCUACGUCAACAUGAGGAUCGAGGAGCUCUUCAGCAUCAUCAGAGAUUUCCCAGAAUCCAAAGCGGCCAUCGAAGAUCUGAAGUUCUGUCUGGAGAGAACCAAUCAGAGGCAGCAGCUGCUCACCUCCCUGAAGUCCGCUUUCGAGAGCCGACUGCUGCACCCGGGAGUCCACACCUCUGACAUCCUCACGGUGUACAUCUCGGCCAUCAAGGCCCUCAGAGAGCUCGACCCGUCCAUGGUCAUCCUGCAGGUCGCCUGCCAGCCGAUCCGCAAGUACCUCAGGACUCGGGAGGACACGGUGAGACAGAUCGUAGCCGGUCUCACCGGGGACGUCGAGGGCUGCACGGACCUGGCCUCCGAGCUGUCCAGAGGAGACCCCGUGACCCUGGAGAUGCAGGACAGCGACGAAGAAGGCAACGACCCCGAGGACUGGGCUCCGGACCCGACCGACGCCGUCCCGGAUAAAACGGGCUCCAAGCGGCGCUCGUCGGACAUCAUCAGCCUGCUGGUCAGCAUCUACGGCAGCAAAGACAUCUUCAUCGACGAGUACAGAGCCGUGCUGGCCGACCGCCUGCUGCACCAACUCAACUACAACACCGCCAGGGAAAUCCGUAACGUGGAGCUGCUGAAGCUCCGAUUCGGAGAGUCUCACAUGCAUUUCUGUGAGGUCAUGCUGAAGGACAUGGCCGACUCUCGGAGGAUCAACAGCAACAUCCGCGAGGAGGAGUCGCGGCUGAGCGAGGAGGAGCGGCCGCCGCUCGCCCUCUCCUCCAUCAUCCUGUCCUCCGAGUUCUGGCCCACGCUGAAGGAGGAGAAGCUGGAGCUGCCGCCGCUCGUGUGCCAGGCCAUGGAGGCCUACACCCACCGCUACGAGAAGCUCAAGGCCAUGAGGACUCUGAGCUGGAAGCCUCACCUGGGCUCGGUCACUCUGGACCUGGAGCUGCAGGACCGGACCCUCACCAACCUCACCGUCUCCCCCAUCCACGCCGCCAUCAUCCUGCACUUCCAGGAGAAAAGUUCGUGGACGCUGGAGGAGCUGAGCGUGAAGCUGGGCGCCCCCAAGGAGCUGCUGCACAGGAAGCUGGCUCUGUGGCAGCAGCACGGCGUGCUGAGGGAGGAGGCGGGCGGCCGCUACCACGUGGUGGAGACGGGCUCCUCCAAGGGGGAGGCGGCCAGGGGGGUGAUGCUCAUCGACAGCGACGAGGAGAGAGACUCCAACACCACCACCCAGUCGGAGCAGAGGGAGGAGAAGCUGCAGCUGUUCUGGGCCUACGUCCAGGCCAUGCUGACCAACCUGGACAGCAUGGCGCUGGACCGCAUCCACUCGAUGCUGAGGAUGUUCGUCGCCACGGGACCCGUCGUCACGGAGAUGGACGUCAACGAGCUUGAGGCCUUCCUGCAGAGGAAGGUCAGGGACCAUCAGCUGAUCUUCUCUACGGGCGUCUACAGACUCCCCAAAGCCAACUGAGGCGUGACGCUGCCUUCAGGUGCUCUCUGGGAAUUACAGGAACGUUUCAGAGGGGACGCGAGCGAAGCUGCUCAUUGCAGCUCUGAAUAAAUUCCUGUUGGUUCUGAAGGAGAAACUUCCAGCAGCGCGUCAAACGGGAUGAUCGCGUGACAUGAAUGUAGUUUGUUUUUUUUAAGUUUGGUUUUCAAAAUAAAAGCACUUCCUCUAUCAGUGUGGAUUCUGCAGGGAGACGUUAAGUUGUUGUGAGGGUUAUUGAAAAGUGAUGCAUUCUAAUUAUAAAUGCUGUGUUUGUUAUUCUGA